CGUCCCCCGCCCCGGACAACGUGCCCAGGCGUGAAGUAUGGCAUGCAAAGAUGGUUUCUGCCAAGGAGCCAGCCUUCGCCAUGUCCUCGGGUCUCUCCAUCGCCCUUCUACACUGCCUGUGCCUGGCGACGUGUCUCACCGGGCCGCCGGGACAGAUCAAAAAAGAGGAGAAAUUGUGGCCGGAGAAUUUCACCAGCAUCCUCAACAGUCUCCUGGAUGGCUAUGACAACCGCCUGCGCCCGGGAUUCGGAGGUCCUGUUACGGAAGUCAAAACAGAUAUAUAUGUCACCAGUUUUGGACCUGUUUCUGAUGUAGAAAUGGAGUAUACAAUGGAUGUCUUCUUCCGUCAGACAUGGGUAGACAAAAGAUUAAAAUAUGAUGGCCCUAUUGAAAUUUUAAGACUUAACAACUUGAUGGUCUCGAAGGUGUGGACUCCUGACACUUUCUUCAGGAAUGGGAAAAAGUCUGUUGCACAUAACAUGACCGCCCCAAAUAAACUCUUCAGAAUAAUGAGGAAUGGCACUAUCCUGUAUACAAUGAGGCUUACAAUAAGUGCAGAGUGUCCCAUGAGAUUAGUGGAUUUUCCCAUGGAUGGUCAUGCUUGUCCUCUCAAAUUUGGGAGUUAUGCAUAUCCAAAGAGUGAAAUGAUUUAUACCUGGACAAAAGGACCUGAGAAGUCAGUGGAAGUUCCUGAGGAGUCUUCCAGUUUAGUUCAGUAUGACCUGCUAGGGCAUACGGUGUCCAGUGAAACCAUUAAAUCUAUUACAGGUGAAUAUAUUGUUAUGACAGUUUACUUCCACCUCAGACGGAAAAUGGGUUAUUUUAUGAUUCAGACGUAUAUCCCAUGCAUUAUGACCGUGAUCCUUUCUCAAGUUUCAUUUUGGAUAAAUAAGGAAUCUGUACCAGCUAGAACUGUAUUUGGAAUAACCACAGUGUUGACAAUGACGACACUGAGCAUCAGUGCAAGACAUUCACUGCCAAAAGUAUCAUAUGCUACUGCCAUGGACUGGUUCAUUGCGGUCUGCUUUGCCUUUGUGUUUUCUGCUCUUAUUGAGUUUGCUGCUGUCAACUAUUUUACUAAUAUUCAAAUGGAAAGAGCCAAAAGGAAGACGGUAAAAUCCCUCCUUGAAUUUCCAGUUGCUCCAAUACAAAGAGAAAAAGUACAGAAGAGACACACACGGUACGUUUUCAGUUUACACAAAUAUUUUCCAUUUUUCUUUUUGUAGCCUUUCUCAACAAAAACAAGUCUUUAACUUAUUUCCUCUGAGCCCCAAAAUCUCCCUCUGCCAUUCCAGCAUCUUCCCAUCCCUUGUAGAGGAGACAGUGAAUAAAGUUCUUGACAUUAGUUUCAGCUGGUCUUCUGCAACCCACCAGACUUUUAUCUCCUGCUCAGAACUGUGAAACAGAAGAGUCUGUUUUGCAUUCCCUUGGGGACAGCUACUCUGGAGGCAUGCAGUUCCCUCUAUAGGGCAAUCAGAAAAAAGCGCUCAGCUCGUUCUUCAGAAUCUGGAUCCAGAGUUGUUAUAAGUGUCUGGCAGACAAGUUUCCCUCCUGUGUGAAGUAUAAAUCAGUAUUCUGCAAGACUAAUGCUAUGCCAUAUUUAAUGAAAAAAUCCUGUAAAACUUUAUUUGAUUUUUACCUGCAGUAUUAGAGAUUGGAGGAGGAGGUUAUGUCUGUCCAUACCUGCCAUCUCUUCUGUAUUUUGUUGUGUUUUAGUGAAGGUCAGUUAGAAUGGAUAUCUUUAGGAAACUUUCUUUUCCUUUGUGUGUUGAUUCUGCUUGGACUGAUAAUACAGACAAGAUAUUACAGAUUAUUUAGAGAACAUGUUAUCUUCUAUGAUUAUUUUUUUUUAAUGAAUUAAAAUAUGCUAAAGCAUUGCAAUUAUACUUCAGAGAAUUUCUCCAAUCAGCACUGUUCUCCUUUCAUUACACUUGUUGCCUGUGUAGAAUUUUCUUUCUUAAUCAGUUAUAAUUUCAGGAAGUUUUUAAAGAACAUUGGAUAAAACAUUUGUGUGCACCAUAGAUGUCAUUUUUAUGUUACCUGUAUAUCUGCACAGGAGCUCACCUCAGUUCCUGAAAAGAUUUUGGGGCUCUUAACAGAAUGCUUUUCAGCUUUUAUAGUGCUUGAGGUUGUGAGACUUAUGUGAUAGUUACCUCAGUGUGUGGAACAGCUAACAAGGGUAUGAUCUUGCUUCCAGUUGAGCUUGCCAAUGAUUCUCCUUCCCUCCCUUUUUUGGUUCCCCUUUCCUUGCUAGCUGCUACAUUCCUUCUCCUAUUCUUCAGACACAUAGCUAACAAAGUCAUUCCACACUUGCACUCGCCGUAUGGUAGGCCAGUAACUCUGUUAUGACUGGCUCUCCUGACAACAUCACUCAAGAUGUAUGACACUGACAGCAGCAUCAUAAUUCACUCUUCCUGUCAGACUAGUUUUGUAAUUUCCUUUUACUGAGUCAUGGUUUAAGAACUACUGUUUUAGAUGAGCUCUUGGAAAUUUUGUCUUCUGUGUCUUUCCACAUCUCAUUUGUUUUUUUCCUUAUUCAUUUGCUCUUUUUUGCUUUCCCACUCAAUCGAUUUGAUAUCACACCUCAGUUGGUUUCCACCCACUUCCAUUUUUCUUCUUUGUUCUCCUAUCAUAAAUCAUUAGAGUUUUCAGUCUUCUGGCUAUGUUGUUCUGCUAGCUCCCACUUCAACUUAAAAGAAUAGAUGUGUUCCUGAAGAGUUUAUUGCAUGUCACUCUGUUUGCUGCUAGCAAGAGACAGGAAUAAGAAAAAAUAUGUUUAUGGCAGCAUGUGGUUCUUCUUGUGCAAUAGAGGUAUUAGUGUCAUUAGUUUAUCUGGAUAAUCUUGACUAUACAGCAUUCUGUUUAAUAUAGUAUCGCAGGCACUCUGAGCAGUGUUAAUAAGUAUUUGUUUAGGAGAUAGUCAGGUUUUACUUGAAUCUGUAGAAAAAUAAAUUGCACUAUAACAGAUGAUACUAGAUUUAUUUAUAAAAUCUAAUUAAAUCCAGAGGGAAAAGACAGUAGUCUUCUCAGGUAGUAAUAGCAGAGGUUUAAAAUACUACUUGUGAUUCAUAGUCAGAAUUUCUGUGUAUUGAUCUUGUACUUAGCUUAUCCAAAACAUUUGUGUAAAUGGUUAUUUUAAAACAAACAAAACCCAUCAGCAGCAACAACAACAGUCCACACAGAUUCAUUCAACUUUUAAAGCUAGGCAGCUGGAGGUGUAACAGUUCCACUGCAAAAUUAAUGUGUCUGAGGUAGAUUUGGUAAUCUGCUGACACAUUUGGGGAUUUUGAAAAUACUCAAGGGAGCAAUCUAGCAUUUAGUAGUUUUAUAUAUGAACACUAUGAGUUUGUAUAACAGUGAUAAUAUUAUUUGCACUGUUAUUGUGUUUUCUCUAGUCAUGCCCAUGUUAAAACUUUCUUAGCUUUUCUGUGGGAGAUGUAGGGAAUUAGCCCACAGAUAUGAUAGGCUUAGCUAUCAGGCAGUGCCUUCACUGACUAGGUGAUGAUUUCUGUCCAUGUAUUCUGCUUCAUAGAACGGUCUUUAGAAGCUAAUGUGACUGGCACAUUGCUUUCCAACCUGAUGUGUGAUACAGUCUUUCUACUUAAUAUUUUAGUUCUAGGUCUAAAAGGAUAGUCUUGAAUCUUAUGUCUUAUGAAUCUAAUCUUUCUCCAUGUGUACUGUCUAACCAGUGCUGGAUUUCCAGAGGUUAAAAUCCCUGCUUCACUGCAAAUUUGUGGUACACAAAGAAUGCAGAGUGGUAGCCUAUAGCAUAUCAUCUCUAAGCAUUAUUUCUCAAGGUAAAUGCUACACAUCCAUAGCUAUAUUAUAGAAUUUGAUUUCUUAAGCGAGCUGAUGCUUUUGUUUUGUUUUUUAAAGAGCUUGUACUAUAUUGCCACUACUGUGCUAGAAAUUCUGUUGUUAGCACAAUCACUAGAGAUCAAGGAAAAACUGAUUUACACCGUUGUCUCCUGGGAUUUGAUUGUCUUGGGACCAAGCUUAAUUGCUUUUAGGUUGGAAGAACUAACCUGUCCCAAAGCAUUCUGAACUCCUUUCUUUACUAAAAGCAGAAAUGAUGUUGCAAGCGUGUGAUGGAAAUGAAUGAUUUAUAGUUUGUUAUUGGACUCCUGAGUCUAUUUUUAUGCUUCUGCACUGUUUCCUUUUCCCUGUAUUCCUAUGAAGUUUAUUUUUAAAGACCUACCCAAUUUUGGAGAUGAAAAAUGUUACUGAAAAAUAUUCUUCAAAAAUAGGCCUCUGAACAGUGUUAGCAUGAGCUUCAAACUCAGCUGUUUGUUUCAAGAGUGUGAAACUUGAAAAAAACAGGUCAGUCUUGAGCAAACUUAUUGAAUGGAUUAAUUUCUUCAGAGUUGAUUUCAAGGAGAUUAUAAUUCCCAAAUUUCCUGUUUUCUGAAGGCAGUUAAAUGUUAUAAACAUCAUCUUAUGUUGGCCAAGUAGCAAAGGAACUUGAGGGUCAGGUUCUUCACUGUCUUAUAGAUGCACACUCCUGUCCUUACUUGUGGGCAUACUGGUGUGAUGUGUGAGAUUAUAAGCAAUGUUCUCAUUUUUCAUGUUACUUUUGAUCGGAAUGUAUAAUAGCUCCCACUCUCCCAGUAAAUGGAGAAGUGCAGUUAACCCCAUCUCUUCUAUAUGAGGAAGGAGUUAUCUGGGGAGCAGCCACAUCUCAAUUGGGAUACUGAAACAGGCAUAAAUGGCAGGUCAAAAAUUGUAAAUAUUUUUCUUAAUAUUUUACAUGAUAUAUCUUUCUGAAGAGCAUAAAUUGAAGUGUUACAUUAAAAACUCUGGUCUUUUUCCUGACCUGCUUUACCUUUAAUACAUUUGAUUGUGGAAUAAAUUUACAUUGGAAUUAGAGAUAUUUGUCUUCUGCCAUGUGAGCAGAGUAAUUACUGAAAGUACACAAUGUAGUAUUAGGUGUUAGGCUAGAUUUUGAUCCAACUAAAGUGUGAUGUAAACUCCACUGAAUUCCGGAAAAAUAGCUGGGUGGUGAUUAAUUGAACAGAACUGCUGGAACUUGAAGUCGUGGAAUGAGUAUUCAAAGUGGGAAUGAUUUUUUUCUGAUAUGCACAGAAGGGAGAAGUGUAAUUUCAACACUAGGUUUGUAACCAAGCAAGAAGUCCUGCUGGAGUUCUACCUUCUCCAAACCUUCCUUGGAAAUGCGAUAAUUUAUCACUCUUCAAUCUUCUGUAAGUAUUAUAAUGAACUAUCACAAUUGUGGGUAAUGGAAUAUGAGAGGAAUGCUCUGCUGUUAUGUAUCUGAUGCUCAAAGAUGGUGUUUGCUGUAGUUACAGGGAGACCUAAUUUAUAUGGCAUUAGGAUAAGGCUUUUAUUUUGGAAACCAAAGCUUAGCUUGGUAAUGCCAAUCUCUCAAAUGAUUAUUCUAGAGAAUAUUAAGCCCUAUAGUUUUUAAUAAAAAAUAUUGAAGUGUUUGUCAUUGUGCUGUUCUCCUGAAAAAAGGCACUCCUUAUGGCUUCAUCCUUAGAUUGAACAAUUCAAGUUUCUGUUUAAUAAUAAAAGUUACUUUCCUUGUAAGUUUUAGGCUUUCAGUAAGGUCUUCUAUUGAUCUAAUUGCAACUACCUUAUUUCUUUUUUUCUUUUUGUAGUAUAAAUAUUCAAAACAAAAACAAAAAAUGACAACAACAUGUGGUUCCAUUUCUGAUCACCAAGUCACAAUAAACCUAUAUAGUGACAGCAGUAAGAUUUUCAGAUUGUUUGAUAUCACUUAUUAUGCAAAAUCUUGGGGAAUUUAUGGUUUUUCCUCAUGAUGACGAGUAUGAAAUUAUGCUUAUGAACUGAAGCCUCUUCAGAUUUUCUGCUUAAAAUUACUUAAAAGUAUUUAUACUUAAUUUUCUGUUUUGUUUCCCCUCCACAAUGAGUUUUCAAUACUUGUCUGUGCAGUGACACUGAACUGUGUUCACUUUCACAGCUAUGUGUGAGAUUUCUAGCUGACUUCGUUUUUACUCUGGGAAAAUUGGAAUUAGAAGAAAUAAAUGUUGAGAAGCUUUGGAAAGUCUAGGAGGCAAGGACUGUUCAAGGCAUUUUCAGCAGACUACUGAAGCAAAUUCAAGUACAGCUUUAAGGUCACAAAAAAUUGAAAGAAAAUAAUGAAUCUCUUUCAUCCUUAAUCAGCUGUUCUACCUUUCAUAGACAUUAUACAGAGCACCUCCAAAACUGACUAUCGUGCAACAUAUCCUAGUAGAUUUUUUGCCCUGCAACUCUCAGUUCAUUUAUUUUUGUCAUAAAUACAAUCUCUAAGAUUAUUUGUGUGAAUUUGUAUAUUUAUAUAUGUCUCUUAACUACAGAACAGGCGGCUGGAUUUCUUUGGCAUAGGUUUGGCA